AUGGAAGACGACAGGAGCGAACGCGGCUCGAGCCGAGGAAGCCGCGCCGGGGGGAGGGCGCCGGAGAUGACCGGAGCCGAAGCGAAGGAGGCGAAGGAGCGAUGGGGCUCAUAUCUCUUCACUUUCAAUAUUUCUUUUGUUCCUUCUGCUCUCGCAGGUAAAACACUCUACGUCUCGAACCUGCCAGUGCACAUGACCACGGCGGACGUUCGGCGUAUAUUCGAAGAAGUCGGCGACAUUCGCGAUUGCAGAAUCGUCAGCAAUCCCGUCACGCGAGAGUCUCGGGGCUUUGCGUUCGUUUCCUUCCGCGAUCCGUCGAAGAUCUCGAUUGCGAUUGAGAAGCUCGACGGCAAGGUGUUCCCGGGUGAUGCAACCAAGCCUCUCAAAGUGGAGCGUGCGAAGCGCAAUCGCCCUCACCAGCCGACGCCUGGAUACUACAAAGGCCCCCCAGGCGCGAGCGUGAAGUAUGACAAGUCUGGGCGCCUGCGCCCAGGGUUUCUUCCCUACUACGCCGUCGCGCCGGGAGCCUCGCGCGAGUUCGUUCCUCCCGGCACGCGUCCCCUGCGCGCGCGCACCCGCGACUCUCGAGCAGGCGCCGCGUCUGCUCACGCGCGGGAGAACGGGCGCUGCGCGUCGCGCUCGCCGAGUCGCGGCCGCAACGGCUGCGGCUGGCUGGAGUUCCCCCCCGGCGCGUACGCGGCAGGCUCGCGUGUGGAUCGCGACGAGGCGCUGGGCGGCGGAGGCGCCGGAGGCGGUCUGGGGGGGGCGUUUCCACCGCACGCGCCGCCGCACUUUGGGUCACUGGUCGCCUCGGGGCGCGCCGGGGGGCAGAUGCCCCCCGGCGCGGGCGUCCUCGCGGGUUUGGGGCGCAGUCCGCUGGCGCCUCGCCGCACUGACCGCGCAAGGGACGCGCGUGACGCGCGACUCCCCGCCUUCUUUGGCUACGGCGACGGCUUUCCGCCGCUUGUCUCCCCGCCGCUGCUCUACGGCUACUACCCCGAGUUCGGCGAGCCGAUGAUGCUGCACAGAGACAGAGAUCGCGACCGCGUGUGGAGUCGCGGGGGUGCGUGGGCGUGCGACGGGUCGGGCGGCUACCCGCGCGAAGAGGAUCGCCCUCGAGACCGCCGCAGAGACGCCCGAGGCGACGAGCCCUACUACGACAGACGCGCCGGCCUUCCGGCAGGCGGUUACUACGACGUAAAACCCGAGGAGGACUCGGCUGGGCGGCGCAGCGACUACUACCGCGGCUCGCCGACGCGCUACGACGCGGAUGGCGGCUGCCGAGACAAAGUGACACGCGACAGAUCGCGUUCCCGCGACCGCGACCAUGGCGGCCGAGAGCGGUGGCUGUCUGUCUCUCCCUCGCCCCGCUACCGCCGCAGCUCGCGCCGGUGA